ACUGGACUAGGCGCCUGGGAAGGACAAGUUGGCAACAUAGAGAGACGGUCCCUACGCUUCCAGUCGAAAAGAGAUAGAAUGAAGGUCCUGACUGGCGGGAGCUAGUACUAUGAUUUGGUAUGUGGCCACUUGGCUAGCAAGUGUCAUCGGCACCCGAGGGCUCGACGCUCAAGGUGCUCAUGGUUUGCGGGAGGAGCCGGAGUUUGUGACCGCGCGGGCAGGCGAGAGCGUCAUCCUGCGAUGUGACGUGAUCCACCCGGUCACGGGCCAGCCGCCCCCCUAUGUGGUCGAGUGGUUCAAGUUUGGGGUGCCCAUCCCCAUCUUCAUCAAGUUUGGCUACUAUCCCCCCCACGUGGACCCCGAGUAUGCAGGCCGAGCCAGUCUGCAUGACAAGGCGUCCCUGCGCCUGGAUCAGCUGCGCUCUGAGGACCAGGGCUGGUACGAGUGCAAAGUCCUCAUGCUGGACCAGCAGUACGACACCUUCCACAAUGGCAGCUGGGUACACCUCACCAUCAACGCACCCCCCACCUUCACAGAAACACCCCCCCAGUACAUCGAGGCCAAGGAGGGCGGCAGCAUCACCCUGACCUGUACAGCCUUCGGCAACCCCAAGCCAAUUGUCACGUGGCUCAAGGAAGGCACGCUCCUUGGGGCCAGUGGGAAAUACCAGGUGAGCGACGGGAGCCUGACGGUGACAUCUAUAAGCCGGGACGACAGGGGCGCCUACACCUGCCGGGCCUACAGCAUCCAGGGAGAGGCGGUCCACACCACCCACCUGCUUGUCCAAGGGCCCCCCUUCAUUGUUUCCCCUCCUGAGAACAUCACCGUCAACAUAUCCCAGGAUGCCCUGCUCACCUGCCGAGCCGAGGCGUAUCCGGGCAACCUGACGUAUACCUGGUACUGGCAGGAUGUGAAUGUCUACUUCCAGAAUGACCUGAAGCUGCGGGUGCGGAUCCUGAUCGAUGGGACCUUGAUCAUCUUCCGAGUCAAGCCAGAGGAUGCGGGGAAAUACACCUGCGUCCCGAGCAAUAGUCUGGGCCGCUCCCCGUCAGCCUCCGCGUACCUGACUGUGCAGUACCCGGCCCGCGUCCUCAACAUGCCGCCCAUCAUCUACGUGCCGGUGGGCAUCCACGGCUACAUCCGCUGCCCGGUGGACGCAGAGCCGCCUGCCACCCUGGUCAAGUGGAACAAAGACGGCCGCCCGCUGCAGGUUGAGAAGAUCCUGGGGUGGACCCUGAUGGAGGACGGCUCCAUCCGCAUCGAGGAGGCCACGGAGGAAGCUCUCGGCACUUAUACCUGUGUGCCUUACAAUACCCUGGGAACCAUGGGCCAGUCCGCCCCCGCCCGGCUGGUCCUGAAGGACCCACCCUAUUUCACGGUGCUACCAGGCUGGGAGUACAGGCAGGAAGCCGGCAGGGAGAUUCUUAUCCCCUGUGCCGCUGCAGGAGACCCCUUCCCCGUCAUCACCUGGAGAAAGGUAGGGAAGCCUAGCAGAAGCAAGCACAAUACCCUGCCCAGCGGCAGCCUCCAGUUCCGUGCGCUCAGCAAGGACGAUCAUGGCGAAUGGGAGUGCGUGGCUACAAACGUGGUUACCAGCAUCACUGCCGGCACCCACCUCACUGUCAUCGGCACAAGUCCCCACGCCCCCGGCAGCGUCCGGGUCCUGGUCUCCAUGACAACGGCCAACGUGUCCUGGGAGCCUGGCUAUGACGGCGGAUACGAGCAGACAUUCUCAGUUUGGCUGAAGCGGGCACAGUUCGGCCCCCAUGACUGGCUGUCGCUGCCCGUGCCCUCCGGACCCAGCUGGCUGCUGGUGGACACACUGGAACCAGAGACGGCGUAUCAGUUCAGCGUCCUGGCCCAGAACAAGCUGGGCACCAGCUCUUUCAGUGAAGUGGUCACUGUGAACACACUAGCAUUCCCGAUCACAACUCCAGAACCCCUGGUGCUGGUUACCCCACCGAGGUGCCUCACAGCCAACCGCACCCAGCAGGGUGUCCUGUUGGCGUGGCUUCCGCCGGCCAAUCACAGUUUUCCCAUCGACCGUUACAUCAUGGAGUUCCGGGUCGGGGAACGGUGGGAGAUCCUGGACGAUGCCAUCUUGGGGACCGACAGCGACUUCUUUGCUAAGGACCUGUCGCAGGAUACCUGGUACGAGUUCCGUGUUCUGGCGGUCAUGCAGGAUCUGGUCAGCGAACCCAGCAACAUCGCCGGGGUGUCCAGCACAGACAUCUUCCCGCAACCCGACCUGACGGAGGAAGGACUAGCCCGCCCUGUGUUGGCCGGCAUUGUGGCCACCAUCUGCUUCCUGGCAGCUGCCAUCCUCUUCAGCACCCUGGCCGCCUGUUUCGUCAAUAAGCAGCGCAAGCGCAAGCUGAAACGCAAGAAAGACCCUCCGCUCUCCAUCACCCACUGCCGGAAGAGCCUGGAGUCCCCGUUAUCCUCCGGGAAGGCGAGCCCCGAGAGUGUCCGCACCCUGCGCGCCCCCUCCGAGUCCUCCGACGACCAGAGCUGCCCCCCGGGCAAGCCCGUGCUGAGCCCCGGCAGGGAGAAGGAGCUGUCGCUGUACAAGAAGACGAAGCGCGCCAUCAGCAGCAAGAAGUACAGCGUGGCCAGGGCCGAGGCGGAGGCCGAAGCCACCACCCCCAUCGAGCUCAUCAGCCGCGGGCCCGACGGCCGCUUCGUCAUGGAGGCCGCGGGCAUGGAGCCGGCCCUGAAGCCGAGGCGCAUCGAGGGCUUCCCCUUCGCCCAGGAGACGGACCGCUACCCUGACUUCCGCCAGUCGGAUGAGGAGCCCGACGACCCGCUGGUGCCCGCCUCGGUGGCGGGGCUCCGGGCCCAGUUGACCCCGCUGUCCUCCAGCCGGGAGUCUUCCUACCUGCAGCCUCCGGCCUACAGCCCGCGCUUCCAGCCCCGGGCCGCCGAGGGUCGGCUGCCGGCGCCCGGCCCGGGCCCAGCCCCGGGCCCGGCCUCGGCUUCGUCCCGGGCCUUCCACGCCGCCCACUUCUACCCUGGUUACCUACUGAGCAGCAGCAGCAGCCCUGGGGAGAUCGAGCUGGAGCCUCCGCCACCGCCUCCGUUGCCACCGCCCUUCUACCUGCCCGAGGCAGGGAGCCCCCUGAGCUCGGCCCUGUCGUCACCGGCCCUGCCCGUCGAGGGCCCCUUUGGCCACGCCACCAUCCCCGAGGAGGACUGCGAGAGCGCAUCCAGCAGCACCCUGCCCCUGACACAGACGCCCACCGGCGGCCGCUCCCCGGAGCCCUGGGCCCGCGCCGGCUUCGCGCUUGGAGGCCUGGAGGCCCCCGCGCUCAUGUUCCGGCACCAGCUGACCCCCGGGGCCGGGGCCAGCGACCCCGCCAACAUUGCCGCCGCCGCCGAAGGCCAGUCCGGCCUCGCCCUUGGGGGCCCGCCGCCGCCCUCCUCCCUCCACAUGCCCACCGCUUACCCGGGCAUCCUGGCCCUGGAGGCUCCCAAGGGCUGGACGGGCCGGUCCCCCGGCCGGGGCCCGGGCGCGGUGACUGUUGCUGCCGCCGCCGCCGCCGCCGCCGCGGCCCGGUGGCCGGACAGAUCCCCGGGCGGCCACGGGCAGCUGAGACAUACCAGCCAGGGUAUGGGCAUUCCGGUGUUGCCUUAUUCCGAGCGGGCCGAGCCGGGUGGGCCGGGCGGCACGCUGGGCCUGGACGCCCGGUGGUUCGAGCCGCGGCCCCGGCCCAGCCCCCGCCCGGCGCGCCGGGCCGAGCCCAGCUUCCACCAGGUGGUCCUCCAGCCUGCUCGCCUGUCGCCCUUGAGCCAGAGCCCGCUGGGCUCCCGUGGCGGCUCUCCCGAGCUGGCCGUCCGGGCCCGCCCGCGCCCGGGCCUCAUGCAGCAGCAGCCGCAGCCGCCGCCGCCGCAGCAGGCCGAAGGGGCCGAGAUCGCCCUGCAGCCGCCGGCCACCGGCGCCCUGUCCCAUAGGUCCAGCCCGUCUCCCGGCUCCCCGGCCCCCAGCAGCCGGGGCGGGAGCCCCGGCUACCGGCCCACCAUGGCUUUCACCACCCUGGCCACGGGCUACCCCUCGCCGCCGUCGGGGCCGCCGGCGCCCUCGGGGCCCUCGGACCAGCUGGACGUCUUUGGGCCAACGCCCCCCGCCCCGCACAGGAUGGCCGAGGAGCUCCUCCGGCCCGCUCCGCCCCCCACGCCGCCGUCUGCUUCAGGAACAUGUCCAUCUGCAUCCGGGAAUGCUGCUGCACCUGAGAGGCUCGAAGCUCUGAAAUACCAACGGAUAAAGAAGCCCAAAAAGUCAACCAAGGGCUCUUCGAAAUCUAAAAGACGAUCCGACGGUUCUGCCUCCCAAGUUCAGCAACUUCCCAACUCUCAGGUCCUGUGGCCCGACGAAGCUGUCUGCCUCCGCAAGAAGAAGCGACAGCCUCGUCCAGACCCCUUCGCCCGCUUCUCGGAUCUGUGCCACCGCCAGGUCCCUGAGGACCAGACGGCCAUCCUCAACAGCGUAGACCAUGAUGACUCAGGCCAUGCCACCUUGCUGUAGCUUAGCGACGACGGGAAAGGUUCUGUCCAGGAGAAAGGAGUGGAGAGAAGGAGAGAGAGAGGGGUGUGUGUGUUUGUGUGUUUGUAUGUGCGCGCGCACGCACGUGCUUGCAGGGAGGCAUGGGAUGGGUAAUAUAAGACAUAGUGUCGGGGUGGGUUUGGAAUGGGGACUCAGGCGGUGGGGAACCUUCCUCCCCAGGGAAGAGGAUUACUUUGGUUCCUCAGCACCAAGGUGGCUGAAAUGUCCACCUUUGCUUCAGAGAUCCCUCCGGUGAUCUUUCCUUUUGGAUUGGCUCUGGCCUUUUCUUGGCUUUGGGUUUUGCCAGGAUCAUUGGCUGGAGGACAGGAAGAAGGGCGACCUGACUUGGUGGUAGGUGGGGCAGGGAGGUAGCCCCGAGUGCCCCACCUGGAUUUUCCCACUUGUUGAGAUGUGAGUGGAUAGAGGAGACGAAGCCGUGAGGCUUCCUCGGACACCUUUCUCUCCGAUUUGGUUUCUGUUUUCCAAGUCCUAGAAGAGAGAUGGUCUGUCCCUCUUGGCUUCUACGCUUCCAUAUAUAUAUAGAUAUAGAUACAGAUACAUAUGUGUGUAACGUGUGUGUGUGUUUCUGUAUGUAUAUAUGCCAUGUAGCAAUCCAGAUAUGAAGACGAAGUGCUAAGUGUAUUUCUCUGGUGUAGGAAGAGGAGAAGAGGGGGUAUUUGUUAGGCAUCUGGGGGACCCCCUAAUUCAGGUUGAGGACAUGGUCUGGCCAAGCUCCAAUUCAAUGCCACAGACCCAUUCCCGGUCUUCCACGCCAUCCCAUGUGCGAUGGAAAUCGUGUUCUCCACCUGAAGCUUCCUCUGCCUCCUCUCCUCAAGGACGUAGGGGUGACUCCGAGUUUACCAGCAGUCUCCACCCGCUGAGGAGGGGGUCAGUGCUGCCUUGUCACAGAACCUGCCAGAAACCAUUGUUGAGUGCCAAUGGUGCAUCCCUGGUCCCCCUGGGGGAAGGGCUGCCGGGUGGGGACCAGUUUCCCAAGCUGGCUAGGCUGAAAUUAUUGGCCCCUACAGCUAUGGUCCAUACAAGAGGUUACAGGGAAAGAUGUGGAGUUAGUUGUGGGCGACCUCCUGGGGGCCUCUGCUGUCACUGUCUCUGCCCUGGGAUGCUGUUGUUCCAAGUACUGUGUCAGGCCACUGAUGGAUUUCUUUCUCUCCUUCUGUGGGAGCUAAUUCCUUUGACACACCAACUGCCACAUGGGCAGGGGCCGGAUCCAAGAUUCCUGUCACGGGCUCCAUGGGUGUGGAUGCCUCUGUUUCUGUCCUGUGGUCCACCUACCUCCCUCCCCAGCCCCAGUUCCAAUGGGGCGAAGCCAAGGGGCCCCAUGUCCUGCCUCCUGGAGAAGGGUCUCUUGGUCUUCCCCACCCCCGGAGAGGGCAGUGACCCUCACUUCGAGCUCUCUUCUCUGUCCUGCUCAAUGGCUACCUUCUGAGGCUCUGCCAUUUCAUCACUGGGGCUCCCAUCAAAUCUCUCUCUCUCUCUCUCUCUCUCUCUCUCUCUCUCUCUCUCUCUCAUUUCUCUCUCUCUUUUCUCUCUCUUCCAAAAUACUGCUCUGCUUGGGCUCUAUGGGCUUUGGCCCUGCCCUUGGGCUUUAUGUUCUCCUGCUGAGUCUGGGGAGACUCUACCCCACCUCAGUGGAGAGCAGCAAGCUCAGCUCCUUGAAAUAUUUCCUUCAAGAAUCUGCUGUCUUCCCAGGUGUACACAGGGAAGGGGCCUUCCCUCUGUCCGGGCCUGGCUUUGCCGAAGCAGCUUUUACCAAGUUCUCAAGUAGCAAAGAGCCAGGUGAGUCCUUCCAGGGCCAAGGCAGCUACCAACGCUUGUCCCUCUGGGCCCGGGCGGGUGUGUUCUGAAUGCUGCCAUGCUGUCAGUGGUUCCCCUUGGGCUGGGCCUCCCUGGGCUUCCGAAUCAGAUGGGCUGGUUCUGCCAGCCAAACCCCUGGUGCUUCCUUCUUCCAGCCAAGCUGGGACCCCCUCAGGAGCCAGACCACUUCCUGGUUCCGCCAAGUCACAGAACUAAGAGUGCAGGAUUUCCUGGCUUUUCUUCUGCCUUUCUAAAGAGGAGAGGGAUCCCAGAUCAGUAUGCCUUGGCGCCAGUGGCCUAGGUCCUUCUGUCAUGGUGAGGCAUUUUGGGUAUCAUCCACCUUAAGAUUCAGCCAGUGCUGGGCUCCAUUCACGCCACCCCAUUGGAGAGGGCACUGAAGAAACAGAGACAAACCUGGGGCCUCUAAGUCUUUCUCCAUCUAUGAGUAGACGGCAGAGUUGGACGGGGCCUUAGGGAGACAGAACCUCGCCCCUGGCCAUGCCAAACUGUCUCACUGCUGUUUGACCAGGCUCCGGCUAGCUUUGGUGCUUUGGGACUGAGGAGCCGGCCCAGGGCGUGAGUUCACUGUCAGUGGUGUCUCCUUGGAACACAAAGUGAGACAGGGCAGACACUUUCUGGGAGUUGGGAGCCUGUCACCCAGAGAGACCCGGAGCAGUGGGCGGAAGGGAAAGGAAGGUUCCACUAGGAACCAGACAUGAUCUAGCCCCAAGGGUCUUAUUUCUCUUGGGGGUCAUUGGAAAGAAUUGACCCCUCUUUGACCUGGAAUGGGACCACCUAAAACUGAAACUUGCUUUCUUGGUGACGGUAGAUCCCUCACCCACGGCCUCAUAUCCGACUCUUUCUCUCCCCCACCAACACACACAAAAUUAGGCAGGGAAAGGCCCACCAGCAAGACAACCUUCCACCCCUCCGUAGCCAAGGUGCCGAUUGUCUCAUCUUUCUCCUGGCUGUUUUGCAGACUCAUCUUGGCAGGCUGAGUGGGGGGUCCCGUCUCCCUAAACUCUGUCUCUCAAGACCCCAGCCUGGAGUUAUGGUCGGUGGGUCUCCAUGGGUGGAAACAUUUCAGCUCUCUGGAUGAGCUUGCCUCAUGCCAACUUCUGUUUGGGCAAGUGGUCUCUCUUGGCCGUCAGUUCUGUUGUAUUGUACUCUCCCAAGCGCUGAGUACCAUGCUCUGCACACAGUAAGUGCUCAGUAAAUACCAUUGAUUGAUUGAUUGAUCUGGCAGCUACUUCAGGCCUGAGAGGCGGUGGUGCUCAGUUCUGGUGUGGGGACAGUGGGAUAUGGAGGGAGUUAAAGGAGCAGAGGGAGACUCCUACCUGUUGGAGGAGCAGGCAAUGAUUUCUUUGUUUCGUGUGAUGCAGAUGACAAUUGUGCAGUUAGGUAAAGUGGAGUGGGUGCGUAUGUGUGCGCACCCGACUAAGCACCAGACCUUGAAUGUCACAACUAAUACCUUUUGGGUUGUCCCUGAAUGACUGCGGUCGGUUUUGAUUCCUGGGUCUUUGUUACCCCCAGGUUAGAGCUGAGAAUUCCCCAAAUCUUCCUUUCCCAUGUUCUUUAGCAUCACAGGAAAGAUGUUACCUCUACGAAGCUCUCUUUUUCUUUCUGAAGCAAUUGGCUUUUCUGUCAUGCCUUGUCUGACCCCUCGACUCAAGCACCAUUGUCCUCCUGGGCGAAACCCACUUCAGUAUUUUGGAGAAAGUGCCUGGAGGAGAAAGGGAAGAGUUAGGGUUAUGGGGCAAACAGCUCCUUGGGAGCUAGAAAUCACCUGGGGGCAAAUGGGAACCUUAAUACUGCCACUGAAGGGAGAGCAAACGGCCACUGGGUAAGAGUUGCACCUCAGCAUGGCCGGCAACGUCAAAUCAAGUUUGGUUGUGUAAUUCUAGUCUGUACUGUGGUACUGUAAUCCUGCGUUUCCUCUUCUCUCUCAGGCCGGUGCUUAAGGAUGUGGCCAUGGGGGUUGUUAGGGAAUGCCAAAAUAACCGGAGCAGGUUUCCCCCCUGGGCCCUUUUCCCUCCUUGGGGCUUAGGAAAGCUCCAGUCUCCAGGGGCCAGAGAGCUUGGCCUGCCCAAAGGCCCAAGCUCUUCCCUCACACUCUGGGUCAUGGCCGGGGCAUCCGGUUGAGGCUCAGGGGUGGGAGGAAGAGGGUUGAUAUUUCUGGGGCUUUUUCAUCCCCGUUAUAUUUUUUUUCUAUCGAGCCCAUUCCAAGGCUUGAUUUCGGACCUUCCUGGCCCCAGGUCCGGCAGAGGUGUCCCUGCUGCAGCAGGGACCAUGGGCCAGAUCCUCCACUUAUGCGAAGGGGAGAGGGCUGGGGGGAACGGAGCCUCUCCCUUGCCCCCGUGCAGGUAGGGUGCUUGCCGGGCCAGGGUGAAGUCAGCCUGAGCCCUGUA